GGUGAUUUCAUGAAGCGCACGGUGAUGUGCAUUACAGUCGUGAAACUAGAAGCUGCGUAAUAUUCAAUAGCUUGGUCUCUUCAUUCGUGUCUUAAAACAGCAGACAAGCGUUCACCUCGCUUUUAUUCCCUUUUGUGCUCUGAGUUCUUGUUUGGUCUGCCUGCUGUUGCCGCGUGUCGUUCUGAAAAACGAAAUUUCAUCUAUUUCUUGCCACUUCACGCACGGCGCACGUUCUCGCACGAUUCACUUCACGGCCCUGCGGCGUCCGCUUUCGUCGUGCUGUCAUUUGCUCUUAGUCUGUUCAUUGUUCGCUUACUUUUCUUCCAGCCUAAAUUGGUUUCGAAAUUCUUCCCGCAUUUCAUAGUGUGGUUCGUCCCCCCUCCCCCCUAUUCCCCCCCCUUCCUCCCGUCUUUUGCUUUCUGUUCAUUGUUUUCUUUUCAUUUCAUUCGGCAAGAGGAGAGCGGGGCGCUCUAUUCGUUGUGGCCGUUCUCCGUGGUAUUGAAGUUUUCUUUCUGGUCUUCUUUUCGGUGCUGCUGCGUCGACAGUUUGUAGUAAUAAAAAAUAAGAAGACACCAUAAACGUUAAGGACUCACCGCCGACAAGGAAAAAUGCCGAGUGUGGUGUGUGUGUGGCGUGGCACGGAUGAGAUCGACAAUGCCCUGGAGCACCUUGACGAACGCAAGGUGCAGCUGCUCUUCUCCAAGUUCCCCGUCGGAUCCGGCACCUUCAAGCGCAACAAGUUCAUCUACGUCCAGUACAUCGGUCCGAAGUGCAGUAUCGUGAAGCGCGGUCAGGGGAUAAACGAGAUCGCCACCUUCACCGCGAAGAACAUCUGCGGCGUCCCCGGCUUCUCGACAACCGACAAGGCAUCCCUCUCCUUCGACUCGUUGGUGCGCCAAAUGAAGGACACCUUCGUCACCGACAACGGCGUCUUCUCGAUGGAGCAGAUCCGCCAGGAGUACCGCAACCGCCUCGCCGAGGAGCAGAAGAUGAUGCACUCUGAAAAAGUGCAGGCGAGCACGGCGGCGGCAGUGGCGAAGCGCGGACGUCGCAACACCGGACCAAACGUGAGGGUGAUGACACCUCGCGCAGCGCCGCCAUCGCCGCCGAAGGUGGAGCGGCCGAUGACGCCGAUGGACAACUCAGAGCGCACAAGGCGCGUCCUCGACUCGCUCCGCCAGGAUAGCGGCUCCAUUAACUGGGCGGUUUUCGAGGCCGAUCCGCAGACGCUGAGGGUGCGUGCCUACGGCCGUCAGGGCAUCUUUGAGAUGGUGGGCAACCUCCCCGACGACGCGUGGCUUUUUGGCCUUUUUCGGCUGUCCUUUAGCACUGGUCAAGAGCGGCAGCGUCGUGUCAUUUUUUUCCAGUGGAUCGGUAGCAAUCUGAAGACGGUGCGAGGCGGCUCGACCGCUGGCGUGUAUCCGUCUUUGGCGAAAGCCCUCGCCCCGUUCCGCUACGAGGUGUACCUCGUCGGCCGUCAAGACCUCAAGCCGCAGGAGAUCAUCAACAAGUGCAAGAGCGCCUUUCUGCCGCAGAAGCAGAAGAACGGCGGUGCAAAGGAGCUGAUGUUGGACAGCAGCAUUUUCACUGAGGAGAACUACCGCAGCGCAAUGGAGGACGAUCAACAGGAGGCGGCGGCGAUUGAGGAGCCACAGAGGGCAUCAACGAAGACGACGGCGCCGAUUCUCCCGGAAGGCAUGGAGCAGAGUCUGGCUAGCUUGAACACCGUGGCGGACGCCAACACCCCAGCGCAGAGCUUCGAUAUUGAAGAGACGAUCGACCUCGUACAGGCCAACCAAGGGGGACUCGUGUGGGCCAUUUUUGAGGUUCAUUACUAG